AUGGCGGCAGGCAAAUACAACGUUGGUGUCAUUGGAUAUGGCUUGAGUGCUAAGACCUUCCACAUCCCCUUCGUGAAUGCGGUCUCGGAUUUCAAUCUUUAUGCAAUCGUGCAGAGAAGCCCCAAGCCAGACGACGAUGCCAGCAAGGAUUGGCCCAACACCAAGUCCUAUCGAUCUACGGAGGAGAUGAUGAAAGACGAUCAGGUUCACGUUGUGAUUGUUACAACGGCGCCGGUGUCGCAUCUUGAGCUGGCAAAGGCGGCGCUGUUGGCGAACAAGCAUGUCGUUGUGGAAAAGCCCUUUACACCCACAUCGGCCGAGGCACAGGAGCUCGUUGACCUGGCGAAAUCUCAAAACAGGAUUCUCACCGUCUACCAGAAUCGACGGUGGGAUUCGGACUUCUUGACAUUGAAGAAGUAUAUCAAGGAUGGUACGUUGGGCCGCAUAGUCGAAUUUGAGACUCACUUCGAUCGGCAUCGACCGGAGCCACCAGCGGAUAACUGGAAGGCAUACUCUGCCCCUGGUACUGGUGCGGUGUAUGACCUAGGGACUCACCUCAUGGAUCAAGUUGUCAGUCUGUUCGGUAUGCCGGAGAAAGUCACCGGAUUUGUGGGAUCACAGCGGGAAGUCAACACCACGGGGCUGGAGGACUCCUGCACAGUGCUGUUACAUUAUGCCAGCCCGAAGAUGUUGGUCACGGUCAAGGCGGGAGUUGUCAGCCCAGAGGUGAAUCAACUGAGGUACUGGGUCCGCGGAGACAAAGGCUCUUUCAAGAAGUUUCACCUUGAUCCACAGGAGGACCAGCUUCGGAAGCAAGGGUUGAAACCGGGGGACAGAGGCUACGGGAUCGAGAGCGAGGACAAGUACGGGACGUUGAAUAUUUACAGAGACGGGAAGAUUUUCAGUGAGGUUGCUCCGACCGUCGAGCCGGCAACUUACACCGAAUACUACCGUCGUCUUGCUGCUGCUCUGGACGGAGACGUCUCUCAGGUCCCAGUGGCUCCCGAGCAGGCUGUGGGUGUCAUAAGGCUGGUGGAACUCGCUCGCGAAAGCUCACAGCAGGGACGGACUUUGUCAUUGUGA